AUGUUCCAGAGUCUAAACUACUUCCAGCAAUUAGAAAAGCUGGGUGAAGGCACCUAUGCAACGGUCUAUAAAGGCCGGAACAACCGAACAAAUGAGUUGGUGGCCUUGAAAGAAAUUCACCUCGACGACAAAGAAGGGACACCGUCUACUGCCAUCCGUGAGAUUUCCCUGAUGCAGCAGCUAAAUCAUGAGAACAUUCUACGCCUGUACGAUGUGAUCCAUACGGAUGAAAAGCUCGUAAUUGUGUCAGAGUACAUGGACAAGGACCUAAGGCGCUUUAUGGACACCUGGGGCGGCGCUCUCGAUCUACCCACCAUCAAAUCAUUUGCAUACCAAAUGCUACGAGGCAUAGCCUACUGUCACGGGAACAGCAUCUUGCACCGGGAUCUCAAACCUCAAAAUCUGCUUAUUAGCCGGGAUGGAAGUUUGAAGUUGGCAGAUUUCGGCCUCGCUCGCGCCUUUAGCAUCCAUGUCAGCACUUUGUCAAAUGAGGUGGUCACCCUCUGGUACAGAUCUCCCGAUGUGCUCUUGGGGAGCCGCUCGUACAACACCGACAUCGAUAUCUGGUCAGCGGGCUGCAUCAUCGCCGAGAUGUACACCGGCUGGCCUUUGUUUCCAGGCACCUCUAACAACGAUCAGCUGCUCAAAAUCUUUCGAGUGACUGGUACCCCGUCCGAACAUACUUGGCCGGGCAUCAGUCAAUUGCCAGGAUUCGAGCCAACCUUUCCUGUGUACCCGACCCAAGACCUGCAGCACCUGAUUUUCAGGCUGGAUCCUCUUGGGGACGAUCUGCUAGUUCAAAUGCUACAAUUGCGACCGGAGCUGCAGAUCAGCGCCACCGAUGCGCUACGCCAUCCAUGGUUUCAGAGUACUGUUUCUGACGCAGAGCGAUCACCACAGAACUUGCCUGUAUUUGUUUAG